AUAUUCAGAACCAAAAAAAAAAAAUGGUGAACGCACGAUCAAUAGGAAUCGGAAUGGACUACACGGCAAGCAGCAAGGUGGCUGUGCGGUGGGCGAUCGACAACCUCGUACGAGGAGGCGACUGUAUCAUCGUAAUACAUGUCGUCUCUCCCAAAGCUGAUGCUUCUUCUGCUAUGCAGCUGUUCGCCGACACUGGAUCUCCUUUGAUACCUCUGGAGGAGUUUAGAGAGAUGAAAGUGUCGAGGAAAUAUGGACUUAACCCCGACCCUGAGGUUCUUCAUAUGCUCCAUACAGUUUCCAUGCAGAAAAAGGUGGAGGUGGUGGCAAAGGUAUAUUGGGGGGAUGCAAGGGAGAAAGUGUGUGGAGCAGUGGAUCAUCUCAACCUUGACUGUGUUGUGGUCGGAAGCAGAGGCUUAGGACUUCUCAAAAGGAUAUUGCUUGGGAGUGUGAGCACAUAUGUGGUGCAAAACGCUACAUGUCCAGUUACUGUUGUGAAAGGGAAGGUUAAAUCCUAAGUCCAUACCCUUCGUUGUGAACUUCAAAUGGGAUUGUAGAUACUAUAUUACAAAAAUAUACUUUUAAUCUAUCAAUUAAUUAUUAUUCAAAA